GUCCACCCCACACCACACCGGCACACCGACCCCGAUCGACCCCCACCCCACCAAACUCUCUCUCUCUCUCUCUCAUCUCAUCCACAACUGCCGCCGCACUCAUCCGCCCGGCAAUCCCACCGGCCGGCGCCCUCCGCCCUCAUUCCCUCCACCUUCCCCCACCUUCUAUCCAUCUAUAUGCCCCUAGACUAGAUCGAGCAGGCAGGCGCCAUCAGAUCGGGACUGGUCAUGCCCAUGGCGGGGCAUCUGGAUCUGCGCCGCCGUCGAUCCAGGACGCGAGGCUCCUUCUCCAAAUCCACGCCAAGGGUGACGAGGAAUGAGGGGGCUUCCUCCCCGCGCUCUCUCCCGGGACGCCGCCAUCCAUGCCAUCGAGCUCCGACCCCGCCGCUGCCGACAUCUCCGACCCAUGACGAGCAGCUCAGUCAAGGUAUCACCUCUCUCUCUCUCUCUAAUCGCAUCUGAUCUGGGCUUCUCUUGUAGACAGAUGUGCGGCAGGGGAGAAAAGGAAGAUUGGGAUGCCGGCAUCAUCUCUGGACGCCGCUGUGCUUCUGCUACUGCUGCAACCCUAGCUAGCACCGACGACGUCAUGGAGCAAGUCAAGACGCAGCAUCUUCACUUCUUUCCUUGCACAUUCCUGUUAAGGAAGCAAAGAAAUCUUGGGUUUAGAAAUGGGAGAAGCACAUAAGGGAGAAGAAGAUGAUUGCAAGGAUGGAGAGGGAGCAAAUCAUUUGGAGGGAUAGAAUGCCACUGUUUGGUGUUUUUAUGCAUUUUUGUUUGCUUUCAACUGUGUUUGCACUAGCUGGGAAUAGGUGACUAGGCAAUAAGUGUAGAUCUAUGGAUAUGCUCUAAUGCUCCUGGUUUAUAAAUCUUUGAUUUGGAAUGAUGUGUAAUGCUGCUGGUUUAUUACAAAUCUGGGCUUGUUUUAGUUGUUA